AUGGCUGCGACAAACGGAACAUCCAAGCGGGAAACCGUGGGCUUUAUAGGGCUUGGGGUUAUGGGUCAUUUCAUGGCACGGAAUCUCCUCCUGCAAUAUCCUCGUCCUGGACUUACUCUAGUCGUCUACGACGCUGAUAAGUCUUGCAUCACCAGGUUCGUCGAUGAAAUAAGACAGAUUGAUGAGGCUGCAGCGUCGAGAAUCGUUCCCGCUGGCAGCGUGUCCGCCGUGGCGAUGAAAGCGUCUACCACGGUGACAGCAUUGCCCAACCCGAAGAUUGUGCUGGACGUUGUAAAUGAGCUUUCCAAAUCUCUGAGCGCGGACCCGGCUCGUCUGAUCCUUGACUGCUCCACAAUAGACCCAUCGACGUCGCAAGAAUGUGCGCGACUACUGUCACAAGACCAGCGAGGACGGUUCAUCGACGCGCCCAUGUCAGGGGGAUCCAUGGGCGCUGCGGCCGGUACCCUGACGUUCAUGAUCGGCUACCCUCCAGAGUCAGCCUGCACAACUGAGCAAGAGCAAUUCGCACAGACGCGGAUCAUGCCAGUUCUUGAAGCCAUGGGGAAAAAAAUCUGGAGAAUGGGCGAGGUGGGCAACGGAGAAGCAGCCAAACUGACCAACAACUACAUCUCGGCCAUAUCGAACAUCGCCACCUGUGAAGCCUUCAACCUCGGCAUCCGUCUGGGCCUGAACCCCUCGACGAUCCGAGACGUUGUCAGCAGCAGUACUGGCAUGAAUUGGGUUGUUCAACACUCGCCGCCCGUUGCGGGCUCGAUACCCGGCAAGUCAACCUCCGCAGAUAGGGACUACGCCUUGGGCUUCUCCAAUGAAUUGAUGAAAAAAGAUGUCCAACUGGCCGUCAAAGCUGCCGCUGGAGCCGGCGCUCGUUUAGAACUUGGCCAAAGUGUCGUCGAUGUCUACGCAAAGACCAGCUCACAGUUUCCCAAUAGAGACAUCGGCGUUGUGUACAAAAUGCUGAACCAAUCUAUAGAUAAAGAAUAA